AUGCAGUCGAUCUUCGCUCUCGCGGCCCUUGCGCCCUUGGCCUAUGCCUUUACUCAACCCACUGACGCAACCUUUGGCGCGCUCCUCACCCCGGAUCUUUCCAGCCCCGUCACUCAGGGCGAAUCUUACAAGGUGACCUGGGAUGCCACCGGCCAUGAGAAAUCCACCGUUUCCCUCGUCCUCUGCCGCGGCGAUUCCACCAACUGUGUGACCGACAAGACCGCCAUCGUCGAGAAGGUCCCCGCCGGCGCGGCCUCUUACGAAUGGGACGUUCCCUGCUCUCUGCCCGCUGGCAAGCAGGCCACUUCGACCGGCUACGGCAUGCUCAUUAUUGAGGAUGGCACCGGCAUCUUCCAAUACAGCACCCAGUUCUCCGUCCUCGCCAACGACAAGUGCGGAUCAUCCUCCAGCAGCAGCACCACCGGCGGGAGCGGCCCCAGCAAGACCGAUUCCAGCACUCUAGUCGCACCUACCUACGCCGGCGGCCACAACGGCACCUCGUGGGGCGGCAAGAACGAGACUACCACCGCCGAAUCAACCACCACCACCCCACCGACCAAGCUACCCACUAUGGUGACUACCACCGCUGCCGUGACCGAGAGUGCUGCCUCCUCCAUCACCUGGUCCACCGCCUCGCAGGCUUCCGCAACCCCGGCUGUGCAGACCGGCGUCUCGGGCGCCGGCCGUAACGCUGCCGGUGCCAUGUUCUUGGGCGCCGUCGGUGCUGCUUUCCUGCUAUAA